AUGCUGGUUCCCAGAAAUAAAAUUGAUCUACAGCCAGGUCAAAACGUACUGAAACUCAUACAGGAUUGUUUUGAAAGUUGCAGCAGCGAUCUUACAAUAAACUCUCCAAAUAGCUCAACCUUUGUUUUGAAAAAUGAGAAGAGGACUUCAAUCCAGGGACAAAGGGUGAGUUCUCCCAAGGCAGGGUCAGCCAGCUCUGUGAAAAAAGCCCGUGAGACUGCAGAACCCUCACCUGCAUCACUGCUAAAACCAGUCAGCAGCAGAGGAGUGUCAUGUGAAUCACACUUGAAGGCUGCAACACCUGAUUAUGUAGCUACUUCUAAAAAGACAGAGUCUCCUGUGUCUAAAAGUGAAAAAAAAAAUACUUUGAAAGAUGUUGAAGCACCAUGCCAGUGUCCAGCUGUGCCUUUGGACCCCGAGAAUAAUCGUGGGGCUGUUGGAUCACCUCUUCCUGUGGAGGAAGCAAAAAGUUCUCCUGCAGUUAAAUUGCAUUUUGAUAAGUGGAGUACGCCAGCUGCAGCAAAGAGCAGUGGGGAAGUGGAAAAUUUGGAAGGACCUCAGCCUGGAAGAGAUGAGCAGGUUGUUCCUGUGCAAGGAACAGAACGUGUUACUGCAUCAUCUGCCAGGACAGAGAAAACUUUCUCUUCAGCUGUCUUAGCAGCUGUAGCAACAAGAACACUUGGACAGAGAUAUUCAACCUCCAUAUCACCACCAUCACCUCGUCCUGUGAAAUAUCAAGAAAUAGAAAUAGAAAAUGAAUGUGAAUUUUUAAUUGAUGAAUCAGGUGGUGCAUCUUUUACUUCUUGGAUUUCGAUACCCACUAAGAAGAAAAAAUCAAAAAAUGAUGGCUCUGCAGCUCCCAUUUCUAAACCUCAGCCCUCUGAAAAGGAGAAGACACAGAAUAAGAAAGUCAAGAACAAGAAAGUACAGGGUAAAGCACUUACUAAACAGAAACUGGAUCAUCCAGAUGUUGGAGCUUUUGACUCCAUCAAAGAAACGUCAGUGUCAGAUCCAAUCCCUAAUAGCGAAGAAAAUGUCCUUACAUCUCAAAGCCGAAAGAGUACUUGUGUGGGAAAGACUAAAAAGGAUGCAUUUAGACAAGACUCUCCAAACCAGAAAAAGAACACAUCCUGGAAACCAGAAGCUGGAGAACCGGUGUGGCCUGGAUUGGAAACAGAACCAUCUGAUGAAGAGCAGUGUAAAAUAAGUAUGCCAAGUGAGGAUUUACCUAUGCCUUCAUCUGGGCCUCAGAAAGACCAGACUGUGUCACUGAAAAAGUCUCUCAAGUCUUCCAAGAAUCUGCAGUUGGCUUCUAAAGCUUCUCAGCAUUUAGUUAAGAAGAAACAAACUGCUAAGGAGAAACUUCCAAAAGUCAAAGUAGCUAAGAGAGGGACAGUAACUCCAAGGAAAAAGCUUAAAAUAUCUGUCCAGAAAAGUAGUAAUAAAAAGCCUCAGUUACAAAGAGAGGAGAGUUCUGACAGUGGACCUGGUGAAGAAGAGCUUGAAAGAGAGCCUGUAGAACUGAAUGAAGUGUGCGCCACAUCUUUGCAUCAGAAAUUAGAGACUCCUGUGAUUCAGAAGUUGACUAAGCCCAAGAAACCCAGAAAAGCAUUACACACACCAGAGUCACCUGGUGAUGCCAAUAGCAGAACUCCUCUAAAAGCACUCCAGCAUCCUGUGGAGAGUGUGAAGAAUCCUGGAAAGAAAUGGUCUGCCAAGUCUUCAGGGAAGAUACCCAAAAAGAUUCCACGUAGAACCAAUAAAGCUCUUCACUCAAGCUCUGAAGGCUCUGAGUCUCAAACAGAUUCUGACAGCUCUUCUGUACAGGACACCGCAAGGAAAAAACAGAAGUUACCAGAUGUGAAAAUAAAAAGUAACAAAAGAAAACAUAACAGACAGCAUGGACCACAGGAUUCCUUUGUAGCUGGGAAGGUUGUGAGUUGCCAAAGUGGGCCUGUUCUAGAAGAUGGACUUACUUCCAGCACGAAGUCUCCUGAGCAGGAUGAUAUAUCUUCAGAUAAUUCUGAAGACUUGAAUUACAAAUUAAGACAUCUGUUGUCAGACGAAAUAGCAAAGCAUAAAAUAGUAAUGCCUUCCAACACUCCUAAUGUUCGUCGGACAAAAAGGAUACGGCUGAGACCUCUGGAAUACUGGAGAGGCGAGCGUGUAAACUAUACUAUGAAGCCUUCAGGAGGACUUGUGAUUAGUGGACUCGUGCAUCCAGAAACAGAAUCUCCCAGGAAGAGUAAAAGGAGGAAGGAUUGUCCCAAGCAGAAAACAGGUAAAACAGUAUCCUCAGAUAGAGGAGAGAUACCUGCAAGUUUGGACCACAGCUUAGCUGAUGCAUCGAAGCCAGUCAUUGUACUGGACCCAGUAACAAAUAAUGAAGUGCAUCUAGAUUGUAUAAACACUGCAGACAGUCAAACGUACUUCUUCAAAGAUGAAGCAGUAGAAAUACACAAAAAUUUGAAUACGUCUCUUUUUGCAACUGGUAGAUUGAUUCUGAAACCAUAUAAAGAAAAGGGGCACCAGUUUGUCGACAUGGAUACAAUAGCUUUCCAUAUUAUCCAUGGCAAAGUUAUUGUGACAUUACAUAACACAUCGUAUUACCUGACUGCAGGGGACUGCUUCUAUGUUCCAGCAGGAAAUGGAUAUAACAUACGAAAUCUUCUGAAUGAAGAAAGUGUUCUUCUCUUCACACAACUCAAAGACAGAGGAAGAGCAAGAAAUAUGUUGAUGGACACCUCUUCCCCAUAACUUUACCUGCAAAUUGAAGAUCAUCUAAUGCAGAGGAGUUCUAAAGAACAUGGAACAUUUUCAUCGGACACCCCAGUUUUAGGGGCAUGUUGUUUCAUUGAUCUUAAAGAUCUUUCUUCUGUGUAAAUGGUAAAUACAUAGUUUGUUAUGAAUUUUCUUUUGUAUCAAUAAAUAUUAAGUAAUGCAAAUCAGUUUUGAUUUCUUUGUUUUUAAAUAAUUUUAGAAUCAGUUUUCUAGCAUUCCACGUGGUUUUGAAAAUGCAGAUAAUUGCAUGAGUUUGACUUGUAAAUAUUUGUGAAUAAAUAUGUGAGUUAUCUUGA